CAAACACGUACUUGAUCAAGGACUACUUGAAAGAAAAAGAAAAGAUACACUAAAAUGGGUGCUUUGGUUCUUCCAUCAAAAGUACUUUUGGGAGUUUUGCUCUCAUUUUUGUUUUUAUGUCUACAUUCUAAGCCUGUGCUUGGGAUCACAAGGCACUACAAAUUUGAUAUCAAAUUGCAAAAUGUGACGCGUCUUUGCCACACAAAGAGCAUUGUAUCAGUCAAUGGACAGUUCCCGGGCCCUCGCAUUGUAGCAAGGGAAGGCGAUCAGCUUCUGAUAAAAGUGGUUAACCAUGUCUCCAACAAUCUGUCAAUCCACUGGCAUGGCAUUAGACAGCUUCGAACUGGAUGGGCAGAUGGACCGGCAUAUGUGACUCAGUGCCCCAUACAAACAGGACAGAGCUAUGUAUACAACUUCACCAUUACAGGACAGAGAGGAACUCUGUUCUGGCAUGCCCAUAUUUCAUGGCUAAGAGCUACUGUCUAUGGUCCCUUAAUUAUCCUUCCCAAACGUGGCAUUCCCUACCCAUUCCCCAAACCCCACAUGGAAGUUCCAAUCAUCUUUGGGGAAUGGUUCAAUGCAGAUCCUGAGGCAAUCAUCAGCCAAGCCCUCCAGGCAGGAGGAGGCCCGAAUGUGUCUGAUGCAUAUACCAUAAAUGGACUUCCAGGGCCUCUCUAUAACUGUUCUGCCAAAGAUACAUUCAGAUUGAAGGUGAAGCCUGGAAAAACAUACCUUCUGCGGCUAAUUAAUGCUGCACUAAAUGAUGAACUCUUCUUCAGCAUAGCAAACCACAGCCUCACUGUUGUUGAAGCUGAUGCUCUCUAUGUCAAACCAUUUGAGACACAAACCCUCCUGAUUGCACCUGGACAGACCACCAAUGUGCUUCUUAAGACUAAACCCCAUUACCCUAAUGCCUCCUUCUUCAUGACUGCUAGACCUUAUGCCACAGGCCUUGGCACUUUUGACAAUUCCACAGUUGCCAGCAUUCUAGAAUAUGAACAACCAUUUAAGAAGCUUCAUCCAAGAAUCUCCAUUAAUAAACUCCCCCUGUAUAAACCAGUUCUUCCAGCUCUAAAUGACACUUCCUUUGCGACAAAAUUCACAAAUAAACUCAGGAGCUUAAAUACCCCACAAUUUCCAGCUCAGGUACCCCAGAAGGUUGAUAGGAAGUUCUUCUUCACCAUUGGUCUAGGGACAAGUCCAUGUGAGGGCAAUCAGACCUGCCAAGGGCCUAAUGGAACCAUGUUUGCAGCGUCUGUUAACAAUGUAUCCUUUGCAAUGCCAACUACAGCGUUACUACAGGCUCAUUUUUCUGGUCAAUCACACAGCGUCUACACCACUGAUUUCCCCAGUGAUCCAGUGAUUCUGUUCAAUUAUACAGGCACCCCACCUAAUAACACCAUGGUGAGCAAUGGAACGAAACUGAUGGUGCUUCCUUUUAACACUAGUGUAGAGUUAGUGAUGCAGGACACCAGUAUCCUAGGAGCUGAGAGUCAUCCUCUUCACUUGCACGGCUUCAAUUUCUUUGUGGUUGGACAAGGAUUUGGGAACUUUGACCCCAACAAGGACCCCAAAAACUUCAACCUUGUUGAUCCUGUUGAACGGAACACCAUUGGCGUGCCAUCCGGCGGAUGGGUAGCUAUUCGAUUUCUGGCAGACAAUCCAGGAGUAUGGUUCAUGCAUUGUCACCUGGAAGUGCACACAAGCUGGGGUUUGAAGAUGGCUUGGAUUGUGUUGGAUGGAAAGCUUCCUAAUCAAAAGCUGCUUCCUCCACCAGCUGAUCUUCCUAAAUGCUGACAACCCAAUCAACCUGACCAAACUCUGCCUCAAGACUGAAUUUUAUUCAAUCUUUUUCAACCCAAUUUUCUCCACUUUCUUAAAAAUCUUUUAAAACAAUCCAGACUGAAUUUUCCCUUUAUUGCAUUUGAAGUUGGAAGAUUUGUGUUCAAUAAUUAUUUUGCUGAUUUGUGUUCAAUAAUUAUUUUGCUGAUCCAUAUGUGAUCAAGGAAUGAGGAAUUUUGUAACAUCAAGAUUCAAUUAUAUUACCACAUCCUUCUAAUCUC